AUGUUUGAUAGGUCAAGAAAUGUGGUAGAUUUGACUCGGCAGUCACCACCAAUCGACCUGUCUCAGCCUUACGACCCUGACUGGGUGUCUGGCAAGACAAUUCUGAUUACUGGUGGUGCAUCAGGGUUCGGCGAGCAUUUCUUCAGGAAGUGGGCAUCACACGGCGCAAAUGUCAUCAUUGGGGAUAUCAACGACAAAAAGGGGAUAUCACUUGUCGAGGAGAUUCGGGCUUCGACAGGCAAUAAAAACCAUCACUAUAUCCACUGCGAUGUCACAAUAUGGCAAUCGCAGGUGGACUUCUUCCAUCAGGCACUCAAGCUCAGCCCAACCGGUGGGAUAGACAGCGUGGUCGCAAACGCCGGAAUAAAUGGGUACCACGGCACGCCAUUCUGGGAUCCUCAGGGUCUCGACGCAGACAGUCCCCCUCCACCAGAUAUGAAGUGCCUCGAGGUGAACCUGAUCGGUGUCACAUACACCGUCCAUCUCGCCCUCUUCUUCUUGAAGCGGAACCCAAACUCUGAUGUAGCAGACCACAAAGCACAGCCCUCAGCAAACAGGCCUGACCGGCAUCUGCUCCUCAUCGGGUCUAUCGCUUCCUUGGUUACUAUCCCAGGGUUAACGCAGUAUAAUGCCUCAAAACACGGCGUCCUCGGUUUGUUCAAGUCGUUGAGAACAACUGCCUUCAUGGGCGGCCUCCGUGUCAAUAUCGUCCUCCCUUACUUCGUCAGCACGCCUCUUCUCCAGGCCGGCGCCCGCGUCCUACUCGCUGGCAACCCCAUAGCUACGCCUGAGGAUGUGAUAGACGCCGGCACGCGCUUCAUGGCAGAUACGAGGAUUUCCGGGCGCGCCUUGAUGAUCGGGCCGAAGGUUAAGGUCAGAGCCGAUAAUGAAUGGGAAGUCGUGCCGCAAGAGGACAAGGAGGGAAUGGAAGUGGCAGUACGUGAGGUAUUCGUGGACGACUUUGAGGUCGUGGAGGCGUUCUGUGCGAGGUUGAUCAAGCUGCUGAAUGUGCUCGAGGCGGCUCGUGGGUGGAGCGGGUGGCUCUCUGAUAUGUUUGCUGCGAUAACAUAUCGUGUCCUUGUUAUAUUUGGUGUGAGGAGGAAAUGA